AUGAGUAAAUCCAAAUUCACAUCGUUCUCCAACAAAUUUCCUACACUUGCUGAAUGGAACAAGAAUUUUAGACAUAGAAGCUCAACAGCACCGAGAGCGACAUUGGGAAAUCAAAAAAUUGCAGCUCUUGGAUUCAAACAACUCAAUCUGCCCAAUGUAAAAGACAUGACAGCAGUAGAAAUAUAUCCAGGACUCGGCGCAUGGACUUCGGUGUUGAAAGAGAAUGGGUUCAAACGAGUGCUUGCAUUAGAGCCAGUACCUUCCUACAAUAAAUGGAUCACUGGAUUGAGCGAGCAAUCCAAUGGCGUGAUUGAAGCAUUGAAAAAAGAUGGCUACGAAUGGGAGACGUACAUGGAUUUGAGACAGCCAGAGUAUUUGGGCCCUCUGGAAGACAAGGACUGGACACAUGUGCAUCCACGUAUCUUAUUCACAGGCACGUUGCCUAAAGGAAGUCGAGGAGAACAAUUGCUGGCUCAAUUUGCGACAUGUAUAGUGAACAAGAUGGCGAUGCAUACGCUGGGUCGUGUUCAAAUGGCAUUUUGGAUGCCUGAUACUUUAUACCAAAAAUUCGUCGCGCCACCAAAGAACCAUAUCCGUUGUAAAAUGAGUGUGAUUGCCGAAGCUUGUGCGGACGUCAAGUUGGUUUGUUCAACAGAGCCAGAAGACAUGUAUCCUCAUGGCCAAUAUCAUUUACUUCAUAUAGUACCUUUUGCUGAGAGUAAUAUCAAAUCUCAAUGGGAUGUCUUUGAGUAUGUUUUGAAACAUUUAUUUGUCAUGCAAAAGCAGCCAUUAACUCACAUGGUCAAAACUUUGGGACCUGGCGCAGAUAUCAUUCUUGGGCGAUUAUCUUUUGAUCCCAACAUUCUUAUUGGAGAAAUGACAGCUGUUCAGUUAGAUGAAGUUGCCAGGAAAUUCGAUCAAUGGCCACUUCGGCCGCGAGUCCUCUUUGAGGAUGCCUCUGUAUUUACCUAG